GUGCGAAGCCCCUGAAAGCCUGUCGAAAGCAUCACGUCGGGAAAGCAGCGUUUCUGCCACUGAUCGCUGACCAACGCGCGACACCGGAAUUAGAGUUGAUUCAAUGUUUAAGCCCGGGGGGAAUUGUACUACAGGAGGUCACUGGAGUGCAGAGUGCCCGGCUCCCAUUUUCAGCAAGAUGCCUUAUUUUGCAAAACUCCUUUUAUUAAUCUUUUGUUUAGUUCUUCUUGUGGAAAGCAGAAAACACAGGAGGAGGAGGUGGACAAGCCAGCUGGAUGUGCAGAGGGCAAGUCACAUCUUUAAGAAGAAUCAUGACUUGACCAAAGCUUGGAAAGGAAAGACAGAGCAGCUUCUCAGAGUCGAUGAACAUGACUUCACCAUGAGGCCAGCUUUUGGAGGCCCUGCAAUUCCUGUUGGGGUGGAUGUGCAAGUUGAAAGCUUGGACAGUAUUUCUGAAGUUGACAUGGAUUUCACUAUGACCUUAUACUUAAGGCACUACUGGAAGGAUGAGCGUCUCUCCUUUCCCAGCACCAACAACAAGAGCAUGACCUUUGAUGGCAGGCUGGUGAAGAAGAUCUGGGUCCCUGAUGUCUUCUUUGUGCAUUCCAAGAGGUCCUUCAUUCAUGAUACCACCACAGAUAACAUCAUGCUGCGAGUGUUCCCUGAUGGUCAUGUCCUCUACAGCAUGAGGGUCACAGUGACAGCAAUGUGCAACAUGGACUUCAGCUGUUUCCCCCUGGACUCUCAGACAUGUUCUCUGGAGCUGGAAAGCUAUGCUUACACUGAUGAAGAUCUGAUGCUGUACUGGAAAAAUGGGAAUGAAUCUCUGAAAACUGAUGAAAAGAUUUCUUUGUCUCAGUUUUUGAUACAAAAAUUCCACACUACAUCAAGACUGGCUUUCUACAGUAGCACGGGUUGGUACAAUCGACUCUACAUUAACUUCACUUUACGUCGACACAUCUUCUUCUUCUUGCUCCAAACUUACUUCCCUGCCACCCUCAUGGUCAUGUUGUCCUGGGUGUCCUUCUGGAUUGAUCACCGAGCAGUUCCUGCCAGAGUCUCUUUGGGGAUAACCACUGUGCUGACCAUGUCCACGAUCAUCACUGGGGUGAAUGCUUCCAUGCCUCGUGUUUCCUACAUCAAAGCCGUGGACAUUUACCUGUGGGUCAGUUUUGUGUUUGUCUUCCUCUCGGUGUUGGAAUAUGCAGCUGUGAAUUACCUGACAACGGUGCAAGAGAGGAAGGAGAGGAAACUCCAGAAAAGGUUUUCAUGUUCGUGUGGAAUACCUCACUCGAAAACUAUGAUGCUGGAUGGAAACUACAGUGAAUCUGAUGCCAACAGCCUGGCAGGAUAUACAAGAAACCAGAUGGUACCAGAAGAAGAAAAACAAGAAAAGAUAGUUGUGCAUUUGGCUAUGAGCAAUGAAUCUAAUUCAUCAAGGAAGAGAGGCCUGAAGGGUCAUGUGGGCUUGCGCAUCAUCCAGAACACUCAUGCAAUUGAUAAAUACUCAAGAUUAAUAUUCCCAGGCACCUAUAUAUUUUUUAAUUUGAUAUAUUGGUCUGUCUUUAGCUAAGCAUGCUGGCACAGCAGUGACUGAAUCAGAACACAUUUAUGAAACUCUCUUUUGUUGGUACUUUUUCAGUCUAAUCUGGAUGCAAAGCCAGAAAACUGAUUCUUUUAUUGCUUCUUUGAAGGGCAAAGGGGAGGACUCCAGCAGGCAACUCCGUGCACAGGCAUCACGGAGGAACCUGCUGUGCUGGUUGAUUUCCAACCCACACCCCAGCUCCUGUUUGCUUUAAGACACAUGCCAUUUCUCAUACUUGAAAAUAUGCACUCACCUUACACCCAAAAGGUGCUGGCCAUGCUGGUGGUGCCUGCUGUACAAUGGACAACUAGAAACAGUGCUCAUGUGAGCUGUAAGGAAUUAGAUAAAUGCAACUUGCAAUGGAAGGUCUGGACAGUGCAUCUCCUGUAAGGGGACUGAAUGAACCUUUCCUUUAAAAAUCUCUGCUUUUGAGAAAAUUAUUUUAUUUUUCUUUGGCAUAUUAGCAUUGUAGUUUUUUCAAUUGUUUUAUGAAGAACGCCUCCUUUCAGGGUCCAAAUUCUGCUUUCUCUGGAUAGGAUCUUCAUCAACACUAUUAGGGCAGCUGACUGUCCAAGGUCAGCUGGACUGGUUACAGAGUACAGGUGGUAUGUUUGUGUCAGUGGUAAGAUUAUAAGUAAGGAGCGAUGAUGAAGGAGAGCUAAGAAGCCCACAGACUCACAGAAGAUGGCUCCCAGGGUACCUGGGUAAUGAAAGCGGGGAGGUUUAGGCACACGUUCUCUAUGUCAAUGGA